CCCCCACCCCACAGUCUCCCCCCUCCCUCCUCCCCUCACACUCUACAGGGAUCGCGAUGGCGUCGACAGGGACGGACGCGACUCCGGCCACGCCGAGCAGGCACGAGAAGAGCCUGGGACUCCUCACAGCCAAGUUCGUGUCGCUGCUGCAGGAGGCGCCCGACGGAGUGCUGGACCUCAAAGUGGCAGCAGAUACCCUUGCCGUACGACAGAAACGGCGUAUAUACGACAUCACCAACGUGCUGGAGGGCAUUGGCCUCAUUGAGAAGAAGUCCAAGAACAGCAUCCAGUGGAAGGGGGUGGGACCCGGAGCGAACACGCGGGAGAUCUCCGAUCGGCUCGUGGAAAUCAAGGAAGAGCUCGAGGAUCUGGAGCGACGUGAGAGGGAGCUGGAUCAGCAGCGCCUGUGGGUGCAGCAGAGCAUUCGCAACGUCACGGAGGACUCUGACAACAGCAAGUCCGCGUUCCUUACCCAUGAAGAUAUCUGCAAAUGCUUCAGAGGCGACACGCUGCUGGUGAUCAAAGCUCCUUCUGGCACCCACCUGGAGGUUCCGGUCCCCGAGUCGAGCUCUAACGGCCACAGAAAGUACCAGAUCCACCUGAAGAGCCAGUCUGGACCGAUCAACGUUCUGCUGGUCAACAAGGAGUCGUCGUGCAGCCCGGUGGUGGUUCCCGUGCCUCCGCCGGACGACAUGGCGCAACCCACGCGGCACCUCCCGCCCCUCCCUCAGCGACCCGACCCUCCCGUGCCGGCAGACGGGCUUCUCGCAGGGAGCCUGCAGCUGAGCGACCCCCCGUCGCCGAUGAGGGGGCAGGCAAUGUGCACCCAGAGUCCGGAGAGUCAUGCCCUCUCUGGAGAACCGCAAGGCAAGCCACAACCCCUGCACCUAGCGCUGGAGCCCAUCAAGGCGCAGACGGUCGAAGGUCUGCAGCUGCCUAAAGAUAUAUUCGAGCCGUCAAAAGCGGGAGAUUUCAUUGAUGAGCUCAUGUAUUCGGAUGUGUUCACGCCACUGCUCCGAUUGUCUCCCCCUCCUGCUGACCACGACUACUACUUCAACCUGGACGAGACUGAGGGCGUCUGUGACCUCUUUGACGUGCCUAUCCUGGGAAUCUGAACGCUCAAUGCCGUCGGCCGUUUGAAGGUUUUCCCGAGGCGCGCCUUGAUCCCGAUUUCCACGUGCGUACGCUCCCUCCCACCCUUCUCUCCUCUUCAAAGCGUGAGACAGGAUGGACGGAGCGAAAUAAAACGGUGACAUUGAGAGACUCGAACAGAUUCUCAGUCCUGCCAAAAUGUUUUUGAUCGAAGUGCCUUUACCAAGACUACUGCCCUUCCUACUGCCCUAAACUGUCUCGGUCCACACAUUAUGUUAUGAUUUCUAAGUUCCAUUUUUCAGAAUGAAAAGAGGUUCCCUUGUUUCAGAGGCCUAAAACAUGGCAUGGAAUUGCCAGUCCCAAAGGUUUUCUUUACAGGGUGUGGAUUUUCAGACAGUCCUUCGAGACUGGAUUUUUUGGUCUCCAAAAAUAGUAGAUAAAAUAACUGUAAAGUCACCUAUGAGUGAACAGUUUGGCCAGAUGUUUGAGCUCCGCUUUCACGUGCCAAAUUGAAACAGAAGGAAACGGUCAGUCACGAUGUUUUCUUGAUUUUUGUUCUGUUGGUGUUGUUGUAACCUUGCUAUGUAAACAUUUCAGGCUUAAAUUUGGAACCGCAUUAAAAUUAGGAACAGGGAAUUGGAAAUGUUUUCGCAUCAUUGUGAUGAGAUUUAACAUUGUGUGCCCUUGUGUGGAUGGGACUAUUAAUGGCAUAGAAUAAACCAUGCACACUGAUGUACAUUUUAUUAUGGCAAAGAAAGUAUGCUUAAUUUACUGCUUACUACGGGAAAUUGUGUUCUUAGAGGUCUCUGUAUUUUGGUCAUUGAAUAUUUUUGUUUGUACAUUUUGUCGACAUCGGUUGCAAAAAAAAUAAGCGGCAGAAAUAUUUCAUAGCAGGGAUGGGGUAAGUACAGGGCAUCUGUGGGAUUAUUGCGUUAAUUCAAUAAAAAUGUUAACCCGAGUUGAGCAUGGUUAGAAGUGUUGUUCAGAUGUCUUGUAGUUGCUCAAUCCUAAGUUUUGAGAUCACUUAUUUUUUCCCGGGACCUCCACUGGCCCAUCGGCUUGAUUGUUGGGGGACGGUUCUGCUUCUGUCGGGCACCUUGUUUUGCGAGUCGGCAAGAUCGAUGUUUGAGAGCGAGUCAACAGGCACAGGCCCGUUCAUUACUUGCUUGCUCAUGCCUCUGCUGCCGAAUUGGGCCUCCACUACAGGCGACUAAAGAACAAAUCUACAUGAGGGUAUAUGGCCACAGCUCGCCUGAUGUUUUGGAAGAGGAAACGUAAUUCACUAUUCCAAUUAGACUAGCUUUUCCACAGCUAGGGAUAGGGCAUACCUUUUUAUUUUUACCAAAUUUUCACCAUCCACAGGACUCUUCACGUUCAUUACAUUUAGCGUGAUCCCCACAGGGCCACGGAACGUGCAGAGUAAGCCUUUGGACUGCCGUCUUGUACGCGUCGAUAAAUGCAAUUAUUCCUUGGGUUGUAUUCCAUUUAAAUUGUACGUUUGAACAGUACGACCCAUUUGAUACUGCCAAUAAUAUCUAAACCGAAGAUAUGCUGCUUGCCUCUAAAAACAAAGGGCCGUGACUGAGGAAUACCCAUAUAUAUGACAAUUUUAUUAUAAUUAUGUUUAUCUCAUUGUUUCUAAAUAAUUCUGGCUAAGCUCCACCUGCCAGUGGAUGUGUAGACUGUACUUUAAUUGGGUGGAAUGUAUUCAGUGUGAGAUAUGCCUUAAAGAGAGCUGUUAUAUAAGGGACGUUCGAUAUUGGGUCAGAAAUUUGAAAUGCGAUGACAUUUGCUUGGGUGCUUGGCCUAUCUAUAAGUCAGGCAUUUGUAUUACGUGAGUUUCUUUUUUAUUUUUAUAUUCACAAUGGCAAGAGUAGGGAAUCUAAAGCUGAUAGAGCAGGCAAGGUGUUGUUAAUUGGUUGCCUUUCCAACGGAGGUGGCUUGCACCGGGAAGUAUUUUUUUUAUGGUGGCUGCUUUAGACCGGCGAUUCAACCUUCAAGUGCGAGUGGUGAAUCGCAAGGAGACCGAAGCACCGUACAUUUGUCACUGAUGCGGUGCAGUGGGGGGGAUGCCUGUUGGUUAUUUUGCGAGUUGAACGGAUGUGUUUCUCGUCUCGGAUGGCAACAACACCCACUCCCUGGCAGUGACGAGGUCCCUACAUUGGUCUUGCCACAACAGAGCCAAGUGGAAUGUAGCAAAAGGGUGAAACGUACAAUUGUUUAGUACCACACUUUAUCCAUGCCUUUAUAUUUUCUGUACAUUUUUUUUUACUGUGACAUUUGUGUGAUGAUAUUUUUUGUUUGCGGUUUAUUGUGGUGAUUAUUUUUUACUUUACUGUGUGCGCGCGCGUGCGUGCGUUUUGUUUUUUACUAAGAUACGUUUGUGUUAAGCACCCAAAGCUUGCUUUGGUCGUGCUUAUUUAUUAAAUUUCUUUGUCAGA